AUGGCCCCCGGUUCGGCCAGGGAGGAGGUCCCCCUCCUGCCUGGCCAGGCUCCCAGGGCCGGCCAUGGCGUGGAUGGCAUCGUGGACAUCGACCUGUCCCGCAAGAUUUACAGGACCGCGCCCCUCGGCGUCCCCGCUAGCCUGCUGGCCGGCACCCUGUACUGCAUCGCCUCCAUGAGCAUGGUGCUGCUGAACAAGGUGGCGCUGUCCUCCUUCUCGUUCGCCUCCCCCAACGCGCUGCUCUUCUUCCAGUGCGCGCUCUGCGUGGUGGCCACCCGCGCCUGCCACGCCGCGGGCCUGAUCACGCUGGAACCGCUGAGUGCGCGCAUCGUGCGCGCCUGGCUCCCCGUCAACCUCCUCUUCGUGGCCAUGAUAGGGACCAGCUUCUGGGCGCUGGCCUCGCUGAACGUUGCCAUGGCCACGGUGCUGAAGAACCUGACCAACCUCUUCACGCUGGGGGGGGACUACGUGCUGCACGGGCGCACCUAUGGCGCCCCCGUCCUGGGCUGCAUGGCGCUCAUGGCGGUCAGCGCCCUGUGCUCCGCGCUCACCGACCUCAGCUUCAACGCGCGUGGGUACGCGUGGCAGAUGGCCAACUGCGCGGCCACGGCGGCCUACUCCCUGGCACUGCGCGGCACCAUGGACAAGAUCGCGCCGCUCACGGUGUCGGGCCGCAAGAUGGACGAGUUUUCCAUGGUGUUCUACAACAACCUGCUGAGCCUGCCCUUCAUCGCGCUGCUCAUGGCCGCCUCGGGCGAGGCAGGGCGUGUGUGGUCUGAGCCCGACCUGGGCAACCCCGCCUUCAUGGCCGUGGCGGCGCUCAGCGGCCUCAUCGGGUUUGGCAUCUCCUUCACCAGCCUCUGGUUUAUCAGCACCACCACCGCCACCAUCUACAGCCUGGUGGGCAGCCUGAACAAGGUGCCCCUGGCUCUCAUCGGUCUGCUGGCCUUCAAUGCGCCCUGGACGCCGAGGAACCUUGCCAGCAUCCUGGUGGGCCUGGCCGCGGGCGCGGUGUUCGCCCUGGCAAAGUCGCGUGGGCCGGCGACCGGGCCGGGGUCAAAAGCUUGA